AUGGCAUUCUCAGCUGCACGAAAGCCACUCUCUAAGGCCCCUUCGACGCCCGCCGUCGUUUCUCGUCGAUCGUAUGUCGCCACUACCAGCAUCGUCGACGCAAAAGCCCGCGUCCAAGAGCGCACACGACGCACUAUCAGCGGUUCAGCUUCAAAAAAUGCAUCUCCUACCCCAGCUGUCCGGCCAACCCCAGCGUCGACUUUUCAACAAGUACCUCCCAUCACAGCACAGGAGAUCAUGCCUCUGAGGCAACUCUCGCGCUCUCAGCUCGACGACUCAUUUGUCGGCAUGUCCGGUGGUCAAAUUUUCCAGGAAAUGAUGCUCCGACACGAUGUAAAGCAAGUAUUUGGUUACCCAGGAGGUGCUAUUCUUCCAGUAUUCGAUGCCAUCUACAACUCGAAGCACUUCAACUUUGUUCUACCCCGACAUGAGCAAGGCGCUGGACACAUGGCAGAGGGGUAUGCUCGUGUGUCCGGAAAGCCAGGAGUCGUGCUCGUGACAUCCGGUCCAGGGGCGACCAAUGUCGUCACACCAAUGCAAGACGCUCUCAGCGACGGUGUACCUCUCGUUGUUUUUUGCGGCCAGGUUGCAACUUCUGCCAUUGGCUCAGACGCGUUUCAAGAAGCCGAUGUUAUUGGUAUCUCGCGAAGCUGCACAAAAUGGAACGUCAUGGUCAAGGACAUUGCGGAACUCCCGCGAAGAAUCAACGAGGCAUUCAAAAUCGCCACUUCGGGUCGACCAGGUCCUGUAUUGGUCGACCUGCCAAAGGACGUGACGGCAAGCAUCCUCAGGACACCCAUCCCGUACAGCUCGACUACGCCUGGCUCGUCUUCUCUCCCCGCAAACCCCUUAGUAACCCCCUCGGACAUUGCAUUGAUUCGCAGUGCCGCCGAUCUCAUCAACCAAGCUCAAAAACCCGUCAUCUACGCCGGAAAUGGCGUCCUUUCCUCUCCUUUGGGUCCCGUAUUGCUGAAAAAGCUUGCUUCGGAGGGAAACAUUCCCGUCACCACAACGCUUCAAGGGCUUGGAGCGUUUGAUGAACUUGAUGACCGAAGUUUGCACAUGUUGGGUAUGCACGGCUCGACGUACGCCAACUACGCCAUGCAAAACGCCGAUGUGAUCAUCGCUCUCGGAGCACGCUUCGACGAUCGUGUCACUGGAACGCUCAACACAUUCGCCCCCGCUGCUCGUGCGGCUGCUGCCAAGGGCAAGGGUGGCAUUAUUCACUUUGAGAUCCAACCCAAGAACAUCAACAAAGUCGUAGACGCCUCGAUCGCCGUCGUUGGAGACGUCGUCCACAAUCUUGCCUCUCUUGUUCCCCUCAUCAAAUCGUCGCCGCGUGAGGCUUGGUUCGCGGACGUCCGAAAAUGGAAAAAAGCAUAUCCCUUCACCUACGAACCGAGUCAGUCUGGUCAACGUAUGAAACCUCAAGAAGUCAUCGAGGAAUUGGACAAAUUGACGGCGGAGCGAAAAGAGGAUGUGAUUGUCAGCACGGGUGUCGGUCAACAUCAGAUGUGGGCGGCUCAGCACUUCCGAUGGAGACACCCGAGAACUAUGGUCACCUCUGGAGGUCUCGGCACGAUGGGAUUCGGUUUACCUUCUGCCAUUGGAGCCAAGGUUGCUGCGCCUGAAAAGACGGUGGUCGACAUUGACGGUGAUGCGUCGUUCAGCAUGACUGCAAUGGAGCUUGCGACGGCUGCUCAAUACGGCAUUGGCGUCAAGGUGAUCAUCCUCAACAAUGAAUUCCAAGGAAUGGUCCAACAAUGGCAAGAUCUCUUUUACGAUGCGAGAUACUCCCAUACUGUCAUGAAGAACCCAGACUUUGUGCUCCUCUCGAAAGCAAUGGGCGUGCACGCUAUCAGAUGUUCGACUAUCGACGAGCUGCCGGAGAAGAUGAAAGAGUUCCUCGAGUACGAUGGUUCGAAACCAAUCGUGAUGGAGUGCUUGGUAGAACAAAAUGAGCACGUAUAUCCAAUGGUCGUGGCUGGUAAAGCACUCCAUGAGGGCUUGCUCCAUCCAAGAUUGAGGAAUCCGACACCAUCUUACUCUUCCGCGGGCUUGUAG